UUAUCCGCGGAGUCCCGGCUACUGACGGACAAAGGAAGAAAGUUCUCCCGGCGGCUCUGUUUGUAUGAGCGCUAGGAUGGAGCCUACUUUUUACGACGAUGCCCUGAGCGCUGCUUUCAGCCAGCCCGAGCCCGUGGGCUACGGAUACAGCGCCAAGGUGCUGAAGCAGAACAUGACCCUGAACCUGUCCGACCCCAGCAGCGCCAUCAAGCCUCACCUGAGGAACAAGGCUGCCGACCUCCUGACCUCCCCGGACGUGGGACUGCUCAAACUGGCCUCGCCCGAGCUGGAGAGGCUGAUCAUCCAGUCCAGCAACGGCAUGAUCACCACCACGCCGACACCCACCACGUUCCUGUGCCCCAGGAACGUCACGGACGAGCAGGAGGGCUUCGCCGAGGGCUUCGUCAGGGCUCUGGCCGAGCUGCACAGCCAGCACACCUUGCCCAACGCCCCGCCGGCCCCGCAGCCGCCCGCCGGCACCGUACUGCCACCUCUGCCACCUGCCCCCCCUGUAGCUGGCAACACUGGAUACAACGGCACUUUGCACAGCGACCCCCCGGUCUACGCCAACCUGAACAACUUUAACCCGAUCGCCAGCGCCCCCACCUUCAACGGAGGCGCUUUGAGCUUCGUGUCCCAGCACCACGCCAGCCCCCCCCUCCCCGCCCAGCACCCCCGGCUACAGGCUCUGAAAGAAGAGCCCCAGACUGUGCCGGAGAUGCCCGGCGACACCCCUCCCAUGUCCCCCAUCAACAUGGAGUCGCAGGAGCGCAUCAAAGCCGAGCGCAAACGCAUGCGGAACCGGAUCGCCGCCUCCAAGUGCCGGAAGAGAAAACUGGAGCGCAUCGCCCGGCUGGAGGACAAAGUCAAGAACCUGAAGUCGCAGAACUCUGAGCUGGCGUCCACGGCCAACAUGCUGCGGGAGCAGGUCGCGCAGCUCAAACAGAAAGUGAUGAAUCACGUCAACAGCGGCUGCCAGCUCAUGUUAACGCAGCAGCUGCAGACGUUCUGAACGGACCGGCCCCUCCGGAGGGGGAGAGAGCGAGAGAGAGAGCGAGAGUGCGCGCCUCGGGGCGAACGAGAAAUCAUAUCAGGUUGAAACUCCUGGCUGGAAAGUGACAAAAA